CCCCGCCCGGCAUAAUAUGUACAAGCUAGUAAAGACACUACUAGCAGCCCCUGGCCAGAGACCAUUUUUGGGCAGCCUAUUGUGCCCCAAAACUACGCGCAAUGUCUAACGCCGGACCGCCGACCGGCGCACGAAUCAGCGUCUUGGCUCUGUGUUCGAUGGCGCAUCCUGUGUUCAGCGUGAGCCCCCUCCUCGUCCACCCGAGGAGCGCGCAGAACCUGCCGUGGCGUCGUGCUCGCGGCCGCCAAAAAACGCCCUCGGAAAAAAACACCGACGCUGUCUCCAGCCUGCUGGCGGCCUACCCCCCGCUGGCCAACGUGACGGCGGAGGCGGACAUGCUGCGGACCGGCGGCGGCCUGUGCGCGACGGGGCUCGCGCGGCGAGGCGUGUGCUGCGCGGCGACCUGCGCGACCUGCGGCGGCCGCGGCUGCGGCCGGCCCGCCAACGCGAGCGGCGUCUGCUGCAAGUCCAGCAUCGUCGCGGAGCGGCGUCCCCCCCACGCGCGGGCGCAGGCGCGGGACGGGCGAUUCGCGCAGGUCCGGAGUCGACGGCGCUGCGAACAACCGGGCGACGUCGCGUGCGUGCUCCCAGAGGCGCGGGCGGAGAUCGUCGACGACGACCUCGACGACGGGAUUUUCGCGCCGCCGAACGCGUCGUCGUCGCCGUCGCUGUCAAACAAUUACUUCGUUGUCGUGUCGACACAGCACGCCGGCGCGCGCUGGAUCGCGGCGGAACUCGCGGCGCGGCAAUGCGUGACGGCGGGAGGCGAGUUCUUCGCGGCGCGCGACGCGUUCCACUGGACCGCGCGGGCGCAGCGCCGGGCGCUCGCCGCGCUCUUCUCCGGCGCCGGCGCCGUCGACGAGGCGUCGCCGAAGUUUGCGCAGUGGGUCGAGGCGGUCGCGGACCCGCGUCGUCGUCAUUUUUAUACUCGGGGUGGCGAUAGCGCGCCGCCCCGACGCAGGUCAACGGUCGUGGCGACGGACAAGCGCGCGCGGUCGGCUUCCGGUGGAUGCUCUCGCAACGCGUCGCCGAGGCGUUCGACGCGUGGUUCGCGCGGCUUGCCGCCGCGCGCGGCGUCCGGCUCGUCGUCGUGGGGCGCGCGGACGUCCUGCGCCUCACCGUCUCCAAACGCCACGCGCGCGGCCGCGUCCGUCGCCUGGAUGGCAGCGUCCGGGGGCGCGCCCGCUCAGCGGCGCGCGCAGGCGAACGGAUCCCGGCCCGUGACGCUCCCGACCGGCCGACGCCUCCUCGACCUCUUGCGCGAAGAGCGGCGCCGCGCCGCGCGGCACCUCAACUAAGUUGCGCGUCGCCCCACUUUUGCGCGCGCAGGCGACGCCUCGAGGCCCUUCGCGCGCUCCACCGCCGCGCGGCGGCGCGCGGCGUCGCCUCGCUGCUCCUGGCCUACGAGGACCUCGUCGGCGCCGGCGCGGCCGCGCAGUUCCGGCGACUCGAGGACUUUCUGCGCGUCGGCGACUGCGCCGUCGACGCCCGGAAGCGGCCCCCGCGCGGCGCCGCGUCGUCGCGGAGCAUUUCUUCUUCUUCUUUUACGGCCGGCGCGUGCGCAGGCGCAAUCGCGCGCACGCCGGGCACCCCUCGACCUACGUGGCCAACUGGCCCGCCGUCGCCGACACGCUCCGCGGCUCGCCGUUCGCCGCGCUCGUCGCCGAUGCCAACGACCCGGUCGCCGCCGGCCCGGUCGUCGCGUCGCGGCCGCCGGAGUCCGGUCCGCCGCCGCCACCGCCGCCCACCGCCGCCGCAGGCUUCCUGUUUUUCUUCGCGAGCGGUGUUCUCGUUGGGCUUGCGUGUCGUAGGGUACAUAUCAGGUAAAAACAAAAAAAAAUAA